AUGUCAUCCCUCGAUUCCCUAAUCUUCGUCACCGGCAACAAAAACAAGCUCGCGGAGGUGCAAGCAAUCCUCGGAUCCGCCGGCGUGGAAAUCAAAUCGCAGGCCAUCGAUCUCGUCGAAAUCCAGGGAACCACGCAAGAGAUCUCCGCCGACAAAGCCCGCCGGGCCGCACUCGCCGUCAAUGGCCCCGUCCUCGUCGAAGAUACGUGUCUCUGCUUUAACGCACUCAACGGCCUCCCAGGUCCCUACAUCAAACACUUCCUCACCUCUCUAACCACCACACACCUCCCCACCCUCCUCGCCGGCUUCCCCGAUAAAUCCGCCUACGCACUCUGCACAUUCGCCUUCUGCUCUAGUCCUGGGGGUGAAGUAUUGCUUUUUGAGGGGAGGACUGAGGGGAGGGUGGUGGAGGCUAGGGGGAGCGGGGAUUUCGGGUGGGAUAGUGUUUUUGAGCCGGUGGAGGGUGGGGGGGAGACGUACGCUGAGAUGAGUAAGGAGAAGAAGAAUGGGAUUAGUCAUCGGUAUAGGGCGUUGGAGAAGGUUAAGGAGUUUUUGGCUCGGGGAGGGUGCUAAGCGGGAGUUAUUUGUGAUCGGCCGCGGGGGGUAUACAUUCAAUGCAUUAGAUAGAAAGUGACAAAGUCCAGUCCGUCCGACGUGUCUUGUCUAAUCAGAGUCCUCCUCCGCAUCAUCACUGACAUGCUCCAUCCCCUUCCACGCCUCCAUCCACUGCUCAAUCCUCUCCACAUUCCCCUGAAUAUCCUCCGCGCUCUCACUCCUCAACUCAACCACAAUCUCCCCGUCAUAGGCCUCCCUCGCCUCAUCCAACACGACCUGCAUA